CUUGCGCGCUGGCCGUGCCUUCCCCCCGAUUCCCAACGAACUCCGAUGUUUCGUCCGGGGUUCCCACCUAAUCGCCAUCCAUCUCCCCCCCCCCCCCUGCGUCGCCUCGCGUUACCCAGAUCAAACACAACAAAUAUAAAUCAGACACGCGCAGUACCUGCAGAUUUGCUGCCUGCACUGCACAUCCCUCUUCCAGCUCCAGCAUCCAGCUAGUUACCACAGGCAUUGGAAUUGCUGGUUCUUCUCCUCAACUCCUAUUAACUCUCCGAUCAAAUCGUCUCCAUGGGAGCCAUCCGAAUCGCAAACCUUCUCCUCCUUGCUGGGGUCAUCUGGUCACACGCGGCGCGCGGCGCCGAGGCCGCCGGCACGACGGUGUUCACGCUGCGCAACAACUGCUCCCACACGAUCUGGCCGGCCACGCUGUCCGGGAACGGCGCGGCGGCCGUCGGGGGCGGGGGCUUCGAGCUCGCGCCCAACGCCAGCGCCUCGUUCCCGGCCCCCGCGGGCUGGUCGGGCCGCCUCUGGGCGCGCACGGGCUGCGUCGCGGCGGCGGCGCCGUCCUCGGGGCUCUCGUGCGCCACGGGCGACUGCAGCGGCGCCGCGAGCUGCGCCCUGGGCGGCUCGCCGCCCGUCACGCUGGCCGAGUUCACCCUGGGCGGCGCCGACGGCAAGGACUUCUACGACGUGAGCCUGGUGGACGGGUACAACGUGGGCAUCGGCGUCGCCGCCGCGGGCGCGAGGGUCAACUACGCGACCUGCGGGUACGCCGGGUGCGUCGGGGACGUGAACGCGCUGUGCCCGCCCGAGCUGCAGGUGGCGUCCGGGGCGGCGGCGGCGGAGGCCGCGGGAGGGGACGGCGCGGCGCCGACGGUGGCGUGCCGGAGCGCGUGCGAGGCGUUCGGGACGGCCGAGUACUGCUGCACGGGCGCGCACGGGGGGCCCAGCACCUGCGGGCCCACCAAGUACUCGAGGCUCUUCAAGGCGGCGUGCCCCGCGGCCUACAGCUACGCGUACGACGACCCCACCAGCACCUUCACCUGCGGCACCGGCGCGCAGUACCUCGUCACCUUCUGCCCGGGCGGCCACCAGUAGUGCUGUAGUGGUUGUGGCCGUGCAUCAGUGUAUGCGCGACGGUAUACUAGUACACUGCUGUUGCAGCAAAAUGCCCGUAGAUCAUUUUGUUUGUUUAUGCUAAAAACUGUGCUUUAGUUUGUUAGCACUUUGUUGCACAUCAUAGAUCGAAAUUAGAAAGUGGGGUUUUGACGAACU